UGGACGACGAAAGGAUCAAGCUGUGAGUUCGACCACGUCCUUUCGAAUUCGAUCGGAUCGAAUCGGAUCGGAUCCAGCUCUCCCCACUUUCCCCCCACCGAGUAAAUUCAACGGAUCGCGUCGCGUCGUCGCCUAGCGUACACGUUUGUUCGAUCGUUUUUUUGUAAAGAUCCCCAUUACCCAUCCCGGGUUCGCGAUUUUCACCACAAAUAUAUUUUUUUUCGUUGAAGAAAUCGGUAACAAGUACAGCGUACUUGCAUCACUAACUGUCAGAUACUUCUUUUUUUACUUAAUCUCUCAACUCACAUUCUAUCGUCAAGAAAAAUAUUCGAUCUGUCUGUCGCACGCUUUCACGAGAUUCUGCCAUCAAACUCGUACAAUUUUCUCUGAUUUCCCGGUAAUUAUUAUUCGAUUAUCUCCUUUACUCUUUCUCUCAUAUUAUUUCUAGAUGCUCGUGUAUCUUUAGCGAUGAAAUCGAACUUGAGAUCGUAUCCGAAACUAAUGAUACUAAUGAAUAAGAAUAAGUUAAUAUAUUAUUACAAGUGAAUGGAUUUUUGUUCAAGAUCUGUCGCAUUGUCGAUUCCGAGGCGAAAUAAGAUUUAAAGACAUUUACAUUCAGGUGCUAUCGAUCACGUUUAACUGCGUUCGCGUCUAUCACUGUUGUAGUGCAAGAUAUCAAAACUUGGAGUUAAUUGAAAAACCAAAUACGCAAGUAAACAGACGUAUGUUGUUACGUAAAAAUUUUAGUUUUGUUCGCUUAAUUAACGCUUGUUCAUUCUAGUAUCGUUGAUCGAUACUAAAAGAUGCAUUACGCGCGAUCAAACACGCAAUUACGUGGCGUACGUUGACGAUUUUGGAUAUCGCGUUUGCCUACAUAUUGUAUUAUUGUUCGCCCGAUUUGGACGAUUUUGCACACGGCAUUAUCGUCGACAAGAGAUAUUCCUAUGAAUAAAGACAUGACGAAUGCGCACGUCGCAUCGACAUCCUCGACGAUAUCGUAUUGCGAGAUACGUGUGAAACGAUAACGAUCGUUAAGAAUUGAGAGGAUUAUGCGCGAUCUCACGUUUCCACUUUAUCGUGGAAUCGCGUCGCAAUCGUUCUAAUCACCGUUUUAUCUCGCACGAUCUGUUCGAAUUUUAGGCGGCAAUCUCUAGAGCCAUUUCUAAUUGAAAGGAAAUCGAGAGAAAAAUAUAUAUAUAUCGCGAUCUAUACAAAUAACUGAUAACGAUCGUAAACAUUCAUUAGCGAUAUACCUGCUUACGUUAUACGUGUAAAUAAAAAAAUGUGGAUUGGACUAGGCUUUUCAGAAGUAAGAGGGAGAGAUUUUGUUAUUACUUGCAUCUAUCUUCUACACAUUCUACACAGUGAAAUUUUUCUUCUUACGAUAGAAGUGCGUCGAGAGACACGUCUGACACAGAUCUCGCGUUAAAGCGAGAUUAAAACCGCUUUAAAAACCGCGUUGAACACCUCUGGUCUCUCACUGGCUCGUCUUCCUUUUUCGUCUUUUCUCUCCUGUUGGAUCUCUCCUCGAGAUCAUUUGCUUAACGAGAGAAACACACUGUGGACGUUGAUUAUGUACGAUGGAAAUUGUUGUAGAAACAAUUCAACAACGUGACGGCGACACGAUAAUAAAUUCGGUUGUAAUCAUUAACCUUCGUUCGCAGUUAUCUUCCGCGUGAACGAAAACAAAGGCAAAGAAGAGAACGUUACGGACCAGCGUGUUUCUUGAGGAUAGCUUAGCUUUGAUUAUAUAAUUGGUAUCGCGUGCAAAGUAACCAGAGUAACCACGGGAGCAAAAAUUGACGGUAACGGUAUGGAAUAUGACGAGAUCGAGGGGAUACCGCAAUGUAUUACGAGUCCGGCACAAUUCAUUUCCACGGAAUCGAUCGCGUUCAAGGACAAGGCCGUGUACGGAUAUGGGACGAGCAUUCCACCGAAUAACAACGAGAUCGAUGAGAACGAAGAGACCUCGUCGAGGAAGGUGAUCUUUUGCGUGCACGGCAAGCUUUCCGGCUGUUGCACCGUCGCGAAAGGUGUUACGUCGAUCGAGGAAACAACACCUGCUGCAGCAGUUGUCAAUGCCGCUACCGACCUUCAACAAACUUCAUUCGCUGCGCCCGAAGACCAUUGUCACAGAGAAAGAAACGAGGAGAUCGAUAAAAAGGCAAGAAAGAAAUUACUGCUUGCUAGUACGCUAUGCGUAAUUUUUAUGAUAGCAGAAAUCGUAGGUGGAGUGCUGUCGAAUAGUUUGGCCAUCGCAACGGACGCUGCUCACUUAUUAACCGACUUUGCAUCGUUUAUGAUCUCCUUGUUCUCGAUAUGGGUGGCGAACAGGCCAGCCACGAAAAAAAUGCCCUUUGGCUGGUAUCGAGCGGAGGUAAUAGGAGCCUUGACAUCGGUGCUAUUAAUAUGGGUGGUUACUGGAAUUCUCUUCUACCUAGCAGUCGAGAGAGUAAUUCACAAAAGUUUCGAAUUAAAUAGCACCGUCAUGCUGAUCACCUCUGCUGUUGGCGUUGCGGUAAAUCUAGUGUUAGUGAUAUACAUUAUAUUCAAUCGGAACAAUUUCGAUCGUUCGAGAGCUUGUGAGAUUAAAUCGAUCGCACCUGCAACGCAAGAUGUGUAAUACACACAUUUUAAGUUUUAGCAUCGGCCCAAUUUUCGUGUUGCAGGAUGGGUUUAUCGCUGCAUCAGCAUGGUCACAGUCACGGACACGAUUCGCACAAUUCGAAUCGAAAUAUAG